AUGGACAACGAUCCCGUCCCGUCCCCAACGCCGGCGGACCUCCAUGCCGGCAUCAAGCUCACCUGCCAGCACAUCUUCCAUUGCCUCUUGAAAUUACACAGGCCACUCUGCGCUCUCAAGACCACAAGCCCGCAUCAAGACUUUAUGAUGGAUACCAAGCUGUCCUUCACCGCCUGGAUGCUCGAAACCGCCGUCGAAGCCGGCUACGGCGCUUCGCCCCCCUCCCCCGGGCCCACGCCAAAGGCCUCCUGGACCCCGACCGCGAGCCCGCCGUCCGUCGACGUCGACGUUGCGGCCGCCGUCGCCGUCGCCGACUGGCACUUUGCGUGCGAAGCGUCCUUCCUCAACCUUUCGGCCUCAUUGGCUUCCCGUCCGGCCGCUGCCGUCAACAACUACUUCAAGUCCCGGAGCAAGCAGCAGUCCGACCGCCGCUUUGCUGCCCUGCGCAGCUCCAUGCUUGAUGUCGACGACACCUCGCUGUACUCGAAUAACCAGCACCCCAACGGCCAAGGCCAUUGA